AUGUCCCUCGUCCCGCUCGACGAAACGUACAUCCUGUACAACCCAUCCGACUGGGCAAGCACCGUCAGUGCGUACCUCGCGCUCGCACCGAUCCUCAUCCUCAUGUUCUACCUCUCAUGGUUCAUCACCUCGUGGGAACUAGAACCUCUGCUCGUCGCUGCCGGACAACUACUCAACGAGGCCCUCAACAAGAUCCUCAAACGACUGUUCAAACAGAACAGACCCGGGCCGGAACCACACGGCGGUGGGCCAGGUUACGGUAUGCCCAGCGCCCACGCACAGUUCGUCGCGUUCGCAGCGGUAUACUUAACACUCAGGAUCGCGCUCCAAUGGCCAGAACCACUACAACGCAAUACCGCCCUCGUGCUCCUCGUAUGGGCGGGGGCACUAGCAAUCGCAGCGUCAAGGGUAUACCUCAAUUAUCACUCCCUGGAACAAGUAUGUGUAGGGUGGCAGGUCGGUUGUUCAUGCUCCUUAGCUACUACACUCGCCGUUGUGGUGGGUGGGAGACCUAGUUUCGGGUGCCGUACCGGUUGGUUUGGUAGGUAA